AUGGUGGAGGUCAAGCGUCUCGAGCUACUCGGCGAGAAAACUUUGCAUCAAACGGUGAAUCCUAAACUGCUCGUGUAUUGUCCGUCGAUGGACUUGAUAGCAUUGGGUAGCACAGACCAGCAAGUUUUAAUCUACCGUUUGAAUGGACAGAGAGUUUAUGGGGCUGCACAAAAAGUCAAUACUCUUCGUGUUGAAAAAAUUAAUUGGAAACCCAAUGGCCAGUUACUAGCAAUCGCCUGGAGUGAUGGAUCUGUACGCCUCAUAGGGGCAGAGAGUACAAAGGUGGUUCACUAUUUCUCUACAACUUCAGAUGAUCAGGAGUUCUCUGGCGUCACGUGCAUGGGUUGGAGUUCAAAUACAAUUGGUAGAAGAGUUGAGAGUAAGGCAUCAAAGCUUGUUCCAGAUACAUUAAAGAAAAUAUUGGAGGAUGAGAAGGAACUACCAACAGAGAAUGCCGUCUUGGACUUGCCAAAAGAUCUUGCCCUCCUUGACAUUGAACCUAGCCUUCCAAAGCUAAGUGUGCUCCCUGCAGGAGGAACCUCAGAUGAAGUUUUUAGCUCCAGGUCUUCUUUAGAUGCACUUUUCCGUCCCUUCGAUCCUGAAGAUAAUGAUGUGGCCGAUGUCAUGGUGGUUGGGACGAAGGAAGGCAACAUCCACCUGAGCAUCUACGACUCCUUUGUUGUAGGAUCUUUCAAAUCCCCAGUUAUAGUUCAGAGACGUCCGGCAUAUCUUAUUUCUCAUGCAUCCCAUAAAUUAUGUUCGACUCAUGCAUUGCUCAUGAAAACCACCGAAUCUGAAGAAAGGAUCUAUUUCGUCCCAAUGGAUCUUCGUUUCUUGUCAGCUUCUAGCGAAUAUCUAUCCAUCCUUGCAUCGCGAUCAACAGCUUUAGAGAACCUUCUUAGAUACAUCAACCAAAUACAAUGUCUCAUGCUUGCAGAAUGGAAGUCAACCCAAGAUUUGCCCAGCAGGUUCCUCCGAAACGUUAAUGAAACCCUUGCUGAACAAGAGAAUCGAGAUAUUGUACAGGCACUUUAUCAUUCAGUUGCAACUGGCCAUACUUUUCCAGUUGUGCGGGAAUGGCUUGUGGACGAAUUGACAGAAAGAGGUCAUAAAAGAUGGGACAAAGCCGUGGUAUCAGGUCUCGAAAACCUCCGUCGUUUAGUUCAUGAGAAUAUGCUUCCAGCCCUAGAUCGUUGUUCUGUCAUUCUCAGCCGAUUGAAUGGAAUUGCCAAAUUUCAAGGCUCGGAUUCUCCAUUGGGCUUUUCCAGUGCUCAAAUAACUUCGAUUAUGGAUACGAUCGCGUCUCUGCAUCUUGUUUCUGCCAAGAUUUUACUUCAAGUAGUAGAUGAGCUCGACCUUUUUACUUCAUUUUCUGCUUGGCUUCGUCACGAGAUAGAUAGGCUCGCAUCUGAUGUGUCUUCACAAAAUGAUGAUGGUGAUAAAGAGGCUCUAGUUGAUUACGGUAAGGUAUUACUGUACAUUCAAACAGUAAUGACCAAUAGCCCUCUAGCAGCUUUCAUCGGCGAGGUUAAACCUGAAGACUACGAGGAAGAAAGUGCGCAUGUAGGGAAAGGCGCUCAAAUGUUUGAUCUGCUCACAAGACAGUUAGAAAAGCAAGAGCAAGGUCUCAAAUACAGAAAAACUCUGCCGCAAGUGGAUUUUCUUUGCAAGUAUUUGAGGACUCAAGCGACUAGUAUCUUUACUCAAAUUGCAGAUGCCGAAAAGAGUAAUGUCCUUUUCGGUAAGGCGAGCGAACUAGGCAUGGCUCACAAAGAUGUGUCGGUCGAGAUGAAGAUGAAAACAAUUGACCGUAACACAUGCCAUGGCUAUGUCGCCUUUGUGCCAAAAGAUUUCUUGAAUCAAGUUCAAAUCGUUCAGGUUGAGCUUCUCGUCGAGAAUGGUAUCAGCACUGUGCGCAGCACAAGUUCUUCUAUCAUGCAGCUUGGAAAUGGACACAUCAAAGAUCUUAAGUUUUUGGACGACAGGACCAUACUCGUGCUAUGGGAGGCCGACGGGAAGUGCAAUCUUCUCGGUAUAUUCUACAGUAGUGGAGGUGGAGGCCACAUGAAAUAUCAACCUCAUAGAAUCUCUGCAAGUCGCUCCAAAGCAAUCAUUUUCAGCAACGAAGAGGUAAUCGACAGGUUUCUGCAAAGCGAAUUUGCAGUCGAUGAGUCAUUUAUCCCAGAAUAUAUAAUGAUCCGACCGCAAAUUGGCUCCAAGAACAGCGACGAGAGGAAAAGAUUAGUGAUUUUGGCCAAAGAUAGACUCCAUUACAAGGUUUUCAAAUGGACUGGGGCUCCUUCUGAGGGAAACAUCGACGAAGAUGUUCCAAUGUCAUGA